GCGACAUACCGCUCCUCGUAUAGUGCUGCACUGUGGACGAAUAACGCCACGAUGAAGUACGAAAGCAUUCCAACGAGAAGCACGACGCUGAUUGCAGAAAACGUUAAAGAAAUUUUAGAAAGAGAGACACGUGAUUCGUCGAAUAACUGCAACGCAGUAAAAUGCGACGAAAAAAUAGACUCGAACGUCUCAAGAUAUCAAGAAAAAAAUAAAUUGACAGUUCUACAGUCAACGAGUAACUCUGUAAAGAACUAUACUUGCGAUAACUGCCGACGUGUUUUCAAAAGAAAGCACCAUCUAAUACGCCAUAUGACAGGCUGUAAACAUCACGAUUCAGCCAACGAAGAAUAUUUGUCAAGAACACGUACUAAGGUAACAGAAAAGAAAAAGAAGAUAGAUGACAGUAUGAGAAAAGAAAAGAACCGGUUGAUGGAAAAUAUUAAGAGCGCAAGCGACAACGAAGAACCUUACCUUUCAUCAGUAAAAUUAUUGGGAAAACGAUCCAGAACUUAUCCAUGCGGCUAUUGUGAACACAUUGCGGAGAAGAGGAAACUGUUAAAAGCCCAUCUGGUGGAGGCACAUCCCGAGGUCGCGAAGAGGAAUCGGAAGUCCUUCGUAGCCACGGAGACAGUGAUGCGUGCCCGAAUGGAACAUGACGGUAAAGUGUACUACCAUUGCAACGAGUGCGGCAAAAACUUAAAUUCGCCGUACACCUUCUACUGGCACCUGCGCAUCCACACGGGCGAACGGCUGUUUACUUGCCACCUCUGUGGCAAGCGAUUCCGCGUGAAUCAAGGUUUGGCACGGCACCUGAAGGAGACCCACGCCGGCAUCAAGAACGUGCCAUGCGAUCUGUGCGGCCGUAUGUUCUCAACGCGGCGCAACGUUGAGGACCACAGGCGCAUCCACACGGGCGAGCGGCCGUACGUCUGCAACGUCUGCGGAAAAACGUUCAAGCAAAAGGCCUCCCUCUUCGUGCACAAUCGCACGCACACGGACGUGUUCCCGUUCAAGUGCAGCUACUGCGGCCAGACCUUCCGCACGCGGCCGCCGCUGAUGUUGCACAUCACCAAGCACACCGGCGAGAAGCCGCACGCGUGCGACGUGUGCGGCCGUCGCUUUCGUAUCAAAUACGAGCUGAAGCGACACCGACUGAUCCAUUCCGACGAGAAACCUUGGCGCUGCACCGAAUGCAGCCUCUCGUUCCGCCAGAAGCGCUACUUAGUUAAUCAUAAGAAACUCAACCACGAGCCGCCACGCAAUUCGGCCGUCCCCCAAGUAACGGGCUGACUCUCUUUUCAGAUGGACGCGUCGAAUGUCGAAAGACGAAUCGGAGAGACGUGCACGAGUCAGCUCGCCAAGGAAUGAGCAGUCCGAUAUGGAAGGACACA